UACUUUUGACCUCUUUCUCUCUUUUCCGCCGCCCCCGUCUCGGUCUCUCCUCCGCCUACCGGAGCCGGCGGCGACAAGAUGCGCGAGACCCACGCGGCCGCCGACUCAGAGGCGUCGGUGGAGGUGGCGGGACUGGGUGCUCUGCCGCCGGCGAGCCCGAUCCAGCUCCUCCCUCAGGACGUGCUCCACAACGUCCUUGGCCGCCUCUCCCUCUGCGAGGUCCUCGCCUGUCGCCCCGUCUGCCGCACCUUUCGCGAUGCCCUCUCCUCCACUCCCUUCCUCGCCUCUCUCCCCCCUCUCCGCCUCCUCGCCCUCCGCCACCCCCGCGCCGCCGCAUCCCCCCACCCUUCCCUCCACGCCCUCGACCCUUCCUUCCACCGCUGGAUCCGCCUCCCGCUGUCAUUCCUCCCCUUCCCGUCCUUUUCUCCCGUCACCGCCUCCCCCUCCCUCCUGUACCUGUGGGUCGACGCUGCCCCUUCUUCCGCCUCCGCCGUGGCCACCUUCGCCAGGAACCAUACCAAGUCUCUCGCCGUCUGCAAUCCCCUCACCGGAUUCCACCGACUGCUCCCCCCGCUCGGCUCCGCCUGGUCUCGCCACGGUACCGUCCUCGCCGGACCCGACGGCGCCGUCCUCGUCGUCACCGAGCUAGCAGCCCUCUCCUACGCCCCGAGCCCUGACCGAUGGCUCAAGUUUCCCCUCAGCCUCCCCUCCAAGCCCCGGAGCCCGAUCCUGAUGGCCGACUCCGUCUUCGCUCUCUGCGAUGUGGGCACCCCCUGGCGGAGCCAGUGGAAGCUUUUCUCCUGCCGCCUCGGCGACCUCGGCGGAGUCCGCGGCUGGGCCCCGCUCGAACAGCAGGAGUGGGGGAACGUGUUUGAUAUCUUCAAGCGGCCGCGGCUACUCGCCGGGGCAGGUGGGUGCCGGCUCCUGCUGAUCGGAGGGCUGAGGUCGUCGUUUGCGGUGGACGCACCGUGCUCGACGGUCCUGAUCCUAAGGCUGGAUCUGGCGACGAUGGAAUGGGAUGAUGCGGGGAAGAUGCCGCCGGAGAUGUACCGGUGCUUCGGAGGCGGCGCCUCCGGGCCAUCAGUGGCGGCAGCUGGUGGUAAUAAUAAGGUGAAGGUCUUUGGUGGAGAUGGGAAAGUUUGGUUCUCAGGGAAGAGAGUGAAAGGAAAACUGGCACUGUGGGAGGAGGAGGAGGAGGUUGGAAAGAGUGGGGGUGGUCUAUGGAGUUGGGUGGAGGGUAUUCCAGGGUACCCUGAAGCCAUGUACAGAGGUUUCAUCUUCGAUGCCGGGUUCACCGCAACACCUUGAACAAGUCAAGGAACUGCUGACCAAGGCAUAUGCUGAUCUAUACUCACGACCCCUUAGCGCUAGGUGGCGAUUUUGUUGGCGUCCUUGCAACUAAUAAAGGGUUGACAAACUAUUAGUUCAUCUCAGGUUGUAAUUACCACUAAUAAAGUUUAGUGUUCGCCAUCAUAUUGCCUUUUGGGUGUUUGUGUGCAAUAUGAGCCGUGAGGCUAUACUCAAUUUUGAGGCAUAAGUUAUCAUACCAAUCUUGUUCAUACAUGGUAUCUAAGUUGUCUCGACCUGGCUUGGUAAUGUAAGAAACACAUUUGCUAUGGUUUACUUUUAGAUUAAAUCGGCACAAGAUCAUGUGGGACAGAUACUGCCCCUUUUCUACACUUUAUUGUUUAUGUUGGCACUUGGCAUCAGGGAAUUGCUUAACUUGCCAAUGGUAGCUACAAGGCUAGUUACCAGACAUCAUGGAGGUGUACUGGAAAAGAUUAGACCUUGGUUUGAAGAUUUUAUAGCUGCAAUUUCAACAGCUUCAUCUAGUGGAAUUUAGGCAUAAAAAUGAUCAACUAAAUAUUUACCUUUUGUAUAAACAGUGCCAAUUUCUUUAAUCGCAAUUCAUGAGAUCAAAUGAGUCAUGGCUAAUCCUGCAGCAGGGUGUAAUCAAUCUCAGUGGAUCAUGUUAUUCUCUUCUUUAAGUACAAAAAGUAUCUUGGAUUUGUUCACUGCAAAAUGCUUCUUGCAAAUUUCUCCGUGAAGUUACUUUGGUUUGCCCAAUCAUCUGUACUUAGUAGUUAGUACAGGGUUCAUAUAAACUCGAGAACAAAUCAACCUUUUUGCCAGAGAGAAAGGAAUCCUUUCUGUAGUUCAUUUGCAUGAGUUAACUAAGUCAAAACAUGAUUGCUAAGAUGUAUGUGGUUGUCUCAUAAAUAUCUUUGAAACUGUAGUUGAGCAUGUAAUUCUUAAAAUUGUGUAAGAAAAUAAUAUUAUCUUCGGUCAUCUGGUUGCUUAUGGAUUCUACUAUGGCUUCUUGAUUGUGACAAAUGAUUUUCCAUUGAUUGGUAUGGUUCUGAAGAGCCAUGUUAGAAAGGUACCAGCACACUCCAUGCCAACCCAUUCAUCUCGAGUGGCAUGAUUUGACACAUACCUUGCCAAAAAGAUAUCAGCCAGCCAAUUUUUUGUACCUGCUGGCAGCUCGGUGCAUGCCCUCCAGCAAAAUAGAAAAUCACAAUGUGGCAAAAAGGGACUGAUGCCCACAUGCGGCAAUACAACAGUAAUUGUUUGUUUAUGAUGUCAUUAUUUAUGGCCUUGGACAACCAUUUAAUAGUGGUGACAAUAUUAGGCUUAUGGAAUCAAUGUGUUUCUUUUAAUUUGUCAAUCGUGUCUUUGGGCACAUUAAAGUAAUCAAGUAUAAUAAUUUGAUGGACUUUUAUGCUCCAUUCUCUCUUGUAUAUAACCUUCUGAGAAAAUAGAUAUAAUUAAAUAUUUCAUUCCUGAUAAAAUUAAAGAGUGGUAAACAGGUAACAUCUGUUUACUUUUGAUAUUCUGCUUUCCUUUGGCCUUCAUAACCUGCUUGACUUGUUUGUGUGCAGAUAUGUAACUAAUAUUUCUUUUA